GUUCCUACUGUAUCUCACUUCCAGGAACAACUAUCACUGUGUGCUUAAAGACUCUUCAUAGUCCCAUGCUGAAAAGUCUCCAACAAAGGUCCAUGAUAACAGAAUGCUUCUUAACCAAUCGGUUUUAAUAAUCCUGCUCCAGGUCAGUCUCUGUCUGGGUUAUGGAAUGUCAGUAUUGGAGAACCGGUUCCUGACGUGUGUUGAUCUAAGCCUCCAGUGUGACCACGGUGUGCUCAAGGUGUAUGGGGUCAAAUACCGCACCAACGAGAAGUCAACAGAUGAAAGCCCUAAACCCUGCUCUGACACGGAGGCCUUCAACACCUUAUCAGAGAGGUGUGACGGUAAAGGGCAGUGUCAAGUGACGACCCCAAGCAGUGUGUGUGACCUCUGUAACCCCGCCCAAUUGAAUCAGCCCUACCUGGAAGUAACCUAUGGCUGCCUUGAAAGCAAGCACGUGACUACUUGUGAUGGGGCUGGCAUGGUGCAUCUGGAGUGUGACGACGGUUUGGUCUUCGUUCAGAAGGCGGUGUACGGGAGGACAGACAGCCAGACCUGUAGUCAGGGGCGACCACAGGGUCAGCUGACUAACACACAGUGUUCCCAGGAAGGAACUCUGACUCGCUGGUCCCAGAGGUGUGAUGGGAAGCGGAUGUGUGAAGUGAACAUGAAAGUGAAUCACGUUUCCGACCCGUGUUACGGAACCUACAAAUAUCUGGACGUCACCUACAUCUGCGUGCCUGCCAGGGUCAGUAUCACCUGUAGUGACUCGACCAGCUCCCUGGACUGUGGCAAGGGUGUGAUAAAGGUGUUCCAUGCUAACUUUGGACGCCGGGACGGCACAACCUGCUCAGCCGGACGCCACGAGCUCAGCGACCAGAACUGCCUGCAACCCAAAGUCCUGGAAGUGGUAAAGAAAUGGUGUGAGGGAAAGAGUCGCUGCACUGUGGGUCACGACCCGACCUUCGGUGACCCCUGUUAUGGAACCUACAAAUACCUGGAGGUUUCCUACAGAUGCCUGGGAGGUGAGUACAGAUGCCUGGGAGGGUAUUGAUCGCCUGGCUUGGUCCUGGGACCUACUUCUAAGGACGACUUGGCCGACUGGAUUCAGUUUUUAAGCAACAAAUCAAUAAAUCUGUUCAACGAAUGCAAA